GGGACAUUUUGCAGCGCAUCAUAGCGCUCCCUUGUGGAGAAGUACCAGUGGUACAUUUGGUAACCGUGCUGCUCAGGCUGUAAUAGGGUUUAAGAGGUUUUGCUCGCCCCUGAAAUCCAUCCAUUCUAGGGAGAAAGACAGAUUUGUAAAGCCUGUAAAUGCCUGAGUAUAGGCAAAAGCUACUGGCAGACCAAGACUUUUUAUCCACAACCUUACAGAAAUACAUUUUAAAAAAGGUUUCUGAAUACUCGGACUCGUGUCAUAGCCUAUAGUAGGCUAUAGUAGACCUACUUUGUAUUUAUUUCCUUUUUCGUAAACUUCCUUUGUUUUGUAGGAACUAUACAAAUAUGCAAUAUAUUUGAAUAUGGUGUGAUUUGCUGAUAUUUCGGACCGCCAUAUAAAUGUCAAGCAUGUCUUCUAAUGGAAAAGAAAAAUACUUUGCGUUUAAAGACUUCGUUUAAUCCUAAUUUUGUUUCGGACUUCUAUUUUAGCUUCAUUAAUUGUAAAAUACUUUCGGCACAAAAACAAAGAAGUUUUUUUUUCAUUUUUUUAUUUUUUUUACCUCCUGGUGGGUGACGCGGACCGGUGGGCUCCGGAGUUCAGGCGAGAGCGGUGAGACAGCCGAUUGGCUAGCUGGACUGUAGUGAUGGGGCACAAGCUGGACCUGUCCGGCCUGACGGAGCUGGAGGCGGAGCACGUGUUGCAGGUGGUGCAGAGGGACAUGAAGCUAAGGAAGAAGGAGGAUCAGCGCCUCAGUGACCUCCGCCAGGAGCUAGAGGAGGAGGACGGCCGCUGCCUGCUGCUCUCGCGCCAGGCGCGCUUCAACCAGCUGUGCUGCAUCCGCUGCUGCUCGCCGUUCAACUUCCUGCUCAACCCGCGGCGCCGCUGCGGGGACUGCCUGCUGGACGUGUGCCGCGCCUGCCGCGCCUACCGCAAGGCCGAGCGCGCCUGGCUCUGCUGCACCUGCCAGAAGAGGAGGCUGCUGAAGAUCCAGUCUCUGGAGUGGUUCUAUGUCAACGUCAAAGGCCGCUUCAAGAGGUUCGGCAGUGCCAAGGUGCUGAAGACCCUGUACAGGAAACACGUGGCACAGCGGGGCACGGUGGCUGAGCUCACAGAGGGCAGCGCCUACGAGGAGAGCGUCCACACGGAGGGGAGCGUCUGUGAGAGCGACACGGCGUUCUGCCGACAGAGUGAAGAGCAUGGCGAGGCGGACACCCUCACAGUGGCAAAGCGGGUGGCAGGGGACGCCAUAGAUGAAGCCAUUUCCAAGGCUGAGUUUCACACCGACAACCAGGCGAAGCAGAAGGAGGCCCUCUAUCUACGGGAGAACAGAGGGGAACUCAUCGAGGAGCUGGCCAAAACUAUCGUCCAAAAAAUCAUCAGCCGGAGGAAAGGCUUGGCCGAGAUGAAGCCGGGAUCUGACCAGGAAUGCCCCCCAGACGCUGGUCACGGCUCCCUCGCCCGCCAGGCCAAGAUCUGGAGGACCCAAUCGGCCUUCUCUCUGCUGGACAACGACCUCCCCGAGCUGAAUCUUCCAAUGGGGCUGAGGAAUGAGGGAGAAGGGUCAGCUGUCUGGCAGAGUGUCGACCGCCUUCUGGACAACUCUAUGCUGAAGAGCCCGGACGGGAACUGGAUCACCCUGCAGAGCGGCCAGCUGUCCCGGCCCAGCCUGCUGACGCGCAGGAAGAGCCUGGUGUUCAGCGCCCUGGAGCAGGAGUGCGGCCAGGUGUCGGCCUACAGCGCCAUGGCCUCGGACGCCGACACCCCGCCCGAGUACUCCGGCUCCUGGGGGACCGUCCUGCAGGACCUCCACAAGAAGAUGACCGACGGCGACCUGGGCCUGCCGGUCCUCGGGGGGGACCCCCCCAGGACCCCCCCACCGCGUCUGGGGGCCCGGCGGCGGUCUAGCGUCGACGGAGAGGGGCUCUCCAAGCACCGGCGGCCCUCGCUGGCCUUCAUGAAGAGGCAGCUCCCCCUGGAGGUCAGGAGGCCGUCGUCCUCGCGGAGGGCCAGCGUCAUCAACCUGAACUUUAACCCCGAGGGGACCGCCGGGGAGGGGGAGGGGGACAGCAGCGCGGGGGAGGAGCUUAAGGGCUCUGGCGGCGUCAGGAGAUCCCGACGGAGGAAGAGGAGUAGGAGGGAGAAGGAGCCGUCCUCGCUGUCGAAGUGCGACAGAAACCACCAGGAUGCCGACAACGGGAACCACACGGCCACCUCCGCAUCCCAGCAUGCAUCUGACCCCGCCACCGCUACCGACACGCUGACCUCGGAGGCUGCCUCUCCCGACCCCUUGGACCUGGAGGGCGGGCUCCGUCACCAGGCAGGGAGCGUCAUGGGGGCGGAGCUGGUGUACCGACUGCAGCAGCUCGCCAGGCAGGGCAGCCUCUCGGACGCCUCCAUCGCCGGGGGCGACGACGAGGGGCCCCAACGGGGGACGGAGGAGGAAGAGGACGUGGAGGAGGAGGAGCAGAAGAAGAAGAAGAACGGAGACGAAGUGGAAGGGCAGCUGGAGGAGGGCGGGAGGUCUAGCCAUGAGGAGGACGUGGAUGUGACGAGAUCGGAGGACGUGUCCGUCCCAGAGGACGGGAUGGAUUGGAGCUAUCAGAGGAGUAAGAAGGAGGAGCUGGUGUUCCACCUGCUCCAACUAGAGAGCCAGGUCAGGGCCACCCAGUUCUCCUCGACGGAGGACGAGCUGGACCGGGCCGGUCGAGGAGGGGACGACGACCGGGAGAGAGAGGGCGGCGCCAGAGGAGGGAAGAUGGCCGCCAGGCUGUGCCGGUUGGCCGAGCAGGUCAGCGCCGGGGAGUUCUCGGAGGCAGAGAGCCCCACCCUGCCCUCCCCGCUCCGGGACUUGGCCGGUCUGGUCAGCGCCUCGCAGUUUUCCUCCACGGAGGAUGAGUUAGACCGGGCAGGAGUAGUUGAGGGUGGAGGAAGAGGUGGAGGCGGAAGAAGAAGAAUCAGAAGGUGGGGAGCAGAGAAAAGGAGCGAUCCCGGGGCGGGAAGGGGAAUGGAGGAACGUUGGUCUGUGAGGUUGAAGCGAGAGGGUGUGUCGAUGGAAUCGCGAGCCGAGAGGAAGGGCAGCAUGGCGGAUCUAGCCAGGGGGAUGUUGGAUCUAUUGGAUACCCAAGAGGGGGAAGGCAUCGCAAAGGUAGCGGACGAUGUAGCCCAAGACAGGGAGGAAGAGGGAAUGACCGCAGACAGCCAAGACAAAGACGGAGAUCAUGCAGAGUCGUCUGAGAGUAGGCGACGUGGUGAGGAGAGGACGAUGGAGGUAACCGUCCAGCGAGAUGGGACAGAGGGGGAAGGGGACCACGGGUAUUCCAGUCCCAGUGGAGGAUGUGGUGCGGAGGACAAAGACUGGCCCCGGGAAGACCAGACGGAAGUGCUAUCCUGUGCGGCUAUCCAUGGAGAACAAGAGAGAAAAGACAGACAGCAAGACAGAGAAGAAAGAUUGUUACAAACAGGGCAGGGAGAGGAGGCUGGGAGACAGACUCACAGGGAUCCAACUACAACCGUAAAUCAAACGAGGGUCUCAAAAGAGGACAUUUUACGUUAUGAACUGGAGUUGGAAAACUCAGAAGAAGAGCAGGUGUUGCCGGCCAGAGAUUGGCGACACGCAGAAACCAAAAGUGACACGAGUGAACCUGAAGAGGUGGAAUUGGACGGAAUAAUGAGCACCACGAGAGAGGAGGGGGACAGUGAUAUGUACAACCUAGACGGAGAGAAGGCUGUUUUAUCCAAAGAGGCGGUGGGGGAACACAGUGGGCCUGCGUCUCACGAAAGAGACCAUCCUGAGACAGAGGAGAGACAAGGCCAUGGCACAACUCUGGGACUGCUCCGCAGCAGCGAGGGAGACUUGAGUCAGGAGAUGAGGACUGAAGGAGACAGGACGGCAGGACGGUUCGAGGAGCAGGGGGCGAGCGCCAGUGGAGGCCAAGCUGGAGACACUGAGCCAGAAGAUCAGACGUCCAUACUGUCCCCAGGGGAGAUUCAUAACAGGUACUCGGCCGUGGCUCUGCGUGGCCUCACCACAGAGAUGCUGAAGGUGCUGAACGCCACCGAGGCGAUCCUCCAGGGGGAGGGCUCCCCGGCCCCUCCGGCCCCCCCCCAGCUCCUGCUGGCCCCCGGCACGGACCCCCUGAAGCUGGACCAGCAGUUCUCCAGACUGGAGGAGAACGUGUACGUGGUGGCGGGUGCCGCCUUCGGCCUGGAGACUGAGCUGGGGGAACUGGAGGAGUGCGCCAGGGGGGUGAGCGGGGACACCCCGGACGGGGAGCUCUCCUUCCUGGAGGAGAAGGUUGCCUCGGCGGCCGCCAAGGUGCGCCAGUCCGGGCGCAAGGUAUCGAACAUCUCCGCCAGGAUCGCUGCCCUGAAGAACGCCGGUCUGAAAGUAGACCCUCACGCCAAGACCACUCAGCCAAACGCGUCGCCCUCGUCUCGGCAGCUCAGGAGGAGGUUACCUGCUACCCCGGUGGAAGGGAAGGACGUUUGAGCAGUGUUUCCUAGCAAGCCCGGAUCACCAUCUAAUACCGUACUACCACCACCGAGUAGUGCCUCGAUCUUCAGCCGCUACAUCUUAUAGGGCAUUUGAGAUGCUUUCAGCCAAUGAGGUGAUGGCUGCCUUUUAACGACACUUAACCAUUUAAAAUAAAUAUAAUUCUACUUUUCUAUGACAGUGGAUUAUAGACUACCUAACGAUUUGAUCCAAGGGAUCAUCAGAGUGAUAAAAUGUCCAACCAUAUAAUAUGAAUUGUCUCUUUUAGCUUAAAAUGAUUAUGUCACUCUGUUUAUUUUGAAUGUAUCAUUGAGUAUCACUACAUAGUUGACAUUUGAAGGUAUUAUACAUCAUUUCUGCCACAAACGGUCUCACAAUGAACAGAAUAACAAAAGACGUAGUCGGUUUUACUAUUGUUGGAAACACUUGGGAUCAUGUGAGUACACAACUCAACAAAAUAUAUAACAUAGGUCUAGUCGUUUUUUAGUUAUCUUAAUGAAGAAAUGUUACGUGAUAUACCUUUAACUUUGAAAUGCAACAUAUACAAAAUGAUUGAAGACCCUUAUUAUAUGAAGCCACUCCUUAAAGGCUUUACAGAUAACCAAAUGCAAUGUCCCUUAUAAGCUGCAUAACCUUGAAUGCACUUAUUGUACCGGUUAUUUAAAAGCAACAUUCAGGAGGAUUUAGAAAUUGGGGUUAAGAAAUGCACAUAUGUUGCUCACUGUUUAUUUAACAGUGAGCAACAAAUAUUCAGAAGGAUGAUUUAGAGAUUGGAGAGAAUUCAUUUUAACUGCGUGAUGUUCUAUGUUGCCAAAUAUUUUGUCAGUUGAUAGUGAAAAACUCUAUUUCUUGGUAGAAAAGUUGACAGGGAGAUUAAACUGUUGGUUCAUCUUUUGGAAUUGUGCACUGCAUCUCAAAUAAAAUAAAAUCAGUAUUUUCAUGGCUAUGACUUUAAUUAAUGACAAAAUAGGGGAAAAUGUACAAUAAAUAGACGUUAAGAGACCCCAUGUUUUAUGGUUCAACUUUUACUUCUGAUGUGCAGAACUAGUCACCACGGUGUCAUUUUCACAUUCCUCCACCGAAGAAUUUGGCACAGGUAGGAUCACCGUUCGUAUGAACUAUCCCUGUCCAUUAUAUGCUAAAUGUU